AUGGCACUCCUCCACAUCCUCCGCGAGUUGGGUCUCCACUCUCUUCACAACUCGUCCCGCGACACUAAGAUCCUGAUCCUACAGCGGUUCAUCCGAUUUUUUGCCUUCGGAGGUUCCACGAUCGUUCUCGCUCUGUACCUACACGCUAUUUCUAUCUCCGAUGCCCAGAUUGGGUUGUUCAUGUCACUGACGCUCGUCGGAGAUGUGAUAAGUUUCGCGCUUACGUUACUUGCCGAUGGCGUUGGGCGGAAGAUUGUGCUUGGUGGAGGAGCCAUGUUGAUGGUGAUGAGUGGUGUCGUGUUCGCUGUUACAGGGAACUUCUGGUGUUUGCUUGCUGCGAGUGUUUUUGGUGUUAUCAGUCCGAACGGGAGAGAAAUUGGCCCUUUCAGCGCCAUUGAGGAGUCUACCCUGGCUCAUCUCACCAAGCCAGAGAUCAGAAGUGAUAUCUUUGCUUGGUAUGUGGUCAUCGGCUCAGGAGGAAACGCCUUGGGGAAAUUAGCUACCGGCUGGGUUGUUCAAAAAUUGCAGAGCCGGGAGAGGUGGAGUCCAGUAAGGUCUUAUCAGGCAGUGUUUCUGGCCUACGCUGGACUUGGAUUUUUGAACUUGCUAUUGACCUGUAUGCUAAGUUCGAGGGUUGAACUUCAUGGUCAUGAAGAGCAGAAAGAUUCGGAUGACGAGUCGGAGUCAUUGAUCUCGAGAGGUGACACUGAUUCCAACCACGAGAUGACUGUUAAGGAGAAGAGAUCGUUACUGCCAAAGAUCAGCAAGGAGAGCCGAAUUGUUCUCCUCAAGCUUUGCUUGUUAUUUGCUCUGGAUUCUCUAGCAUCUGGUCUUGUGCCCGCCUCCCUGGUCACCUACUUCUUCAACCUCAAAUUCAAGCUACAUGAAGGCGAUUUAGGGACCCUCUUUUUCAUCGCUGGUAUUCUCUCCUCGGUCUCAUCUCUGGUCGCUGUCUCGCUCUCUCGACGCAUCGGUCUCAUCAGAACCAUGGUCUUCACUCAUCUUCCAUCCGCCAUCGCUCUUUGCCUCAUUCCAAUUCCGUCAUCCCUCUCUGGUGCCAUCUUCUUUCUGCUCCUACGCUCAUCGCUCGCUUCUAUGGAUAUCGCACCUAAAGCCGCAUUCCUUUCGGUAGUUGUACAGCCUGGCGAGAGGACAGCAGUCAUGGGAUUCAUAUCUGUUGUUAGAACCUUCAGCCAGAGUUGCGGCCCCGUUAUCACAGGCGUACUAGCUCAAUCAGGACGAUUUUGGGUGACUUUUGUUGUUGCUGGAAGUUUGAAAGCUACCUACGACUUGGGACUUCUGACGGGGUUCCGAGGCCAUAAGACCGAGAUGGAUAGAGCUGAAAGGACAGCUAGCAGAGAUAACCAAGAAGUCGACGAAUAG